AAGCCAGAGUCAGUGUGCUUCCAGCAGGCGCCCAGUCAGCGGAUCGUUCUUCCAGAUACAUCUGUGUAGUGCAGUCCAAGAUAUCACCAUGGCCGCACACUUUCUUUCGGCCGUUCUGGUGGUGCUCUUGGUGGGAACAAGCAGCACUUACGCACAAGAAAUCUUUGGGUAUUGCACAACACCCGAUGAGAACAGCGGCACUUGCAUUAGCCUCAGGGAAUGUGGGUAUCUCUUCGAGCUGGUACAACGCGGAGCGGCCUCGACCGAAGACCGCCAAUUUCUGCAACUCAGUCAGUGUGGCUACCGCAAUAAGCAGGUGCUUAUUUGCUGUGCAAACAGCCGCAUGCGUAACCAGCAGCCGCAGUGGGGCAAUCAAGGCCAGCCUUCAAGGCGUCCCGACUCCGGCCUUCUGCCCCAGGCGCCCAAUUGCGGCGACAACUUCGGCGACCGCGUGGUGGGCGGCAAGGAGACGGGCAAAAGGGAGUUCCCCUGGAUGGCCCUGAUUGAGUACACGAAGCCCGGCAACGUGAAGGGCCACCACUGCGGCGGUUCGCUGAUUAACAAUCGCUACGUGCUGACGGCCGCACACUGUGUCGCCGCCAUUCCCAGCGACUGGCAGCUGACGGGAGUGCGCUUGGGCGAGUGGGAUGCGAGCACCAAUCCCGAUUGCACCACCAGCAGGAACGGAAGGCAAGAGUGCAACGACCCCUACGUUGACUGUCCGGUUGUGGAGCGGAUUCCGCACCCGCAAUACCCGGGAAACGCCCGUGACCAGUUGAACGACAUCGCGUUGCUUCGGCUGCGCGACGAGAUCCAGUACAGUGACUUUAUCUCUCCAGUGUGCCUGCCCUCUCUGGCGUCCCAGCGAGACGCGCUUUUCCUAGGCCGCAAGGUGGUGGUGGCCGGUUGGGGCCGCACCGAAACGAACUUUACGUCGAACAUCAAGCUGAAGGCCGAGCUGGAUCCAGUGCCGACGAGUGACUGCAACCAGCGUUACGCCAGCCAACGUCGGACUGUCACCGCCAGCCAGCUGUGCGCUGGCGGAGUGGAGGGUGUUGACUCGUGCCGCGGUGACUCCGGUGGCCCCCUCCUGCUGGAGGACUUCAACAACGGAUAUUCCAACUACUAUAUUGCCGGCGUGGUCUCAUACGGACCCACACCCUGCGGCCUGAAGGGAUGGCCGGGCGUGUAUACGAGGGUUGCGGCGUUCAUGGACUGGAUAGAGAACACCGUUAGGCCCUAAUCCUAGCGCACGAAAAUGAACUAUGUGUGUUAAAAGGGACAUGCCGCAGCAAAAAUCGAUUUUUAAUACAAGGUAAAUUAUACAAUAAAUAAAGUUAACUUGUGUAAAUUUAAAGGUAGAACGCGUGCAGUUCAAAACAACUUGAACUGGGGCACUGUACACUUAAAAUAUAAAAACUGAAUAUUAGUUUCUGAA